CGAAGCCACCAGCCCACCAUACCACCACCGAAAGUGCAGCUGGGCUAGUCUACUGCGAGGCUGUCACGUCCCGUCUUCCCCAACAAGUCUUGCUCUUCUUCUCCGCCUCGCCCACCACGCCACGCCAUUCUUUCCUUUCCAGCGACGACUCCUCUUUCCUCCUUCCCUCCUCCGCACACCAACGCCGGGAGAAAGACGGAGCAAAAGACCACCGCCGAGCGCGCGCGCGGGCGGUCACCGAUGCACCCGAAGCUCUCUAGGGUCGCCAACAGGCUCCUCUGCUGCGGCGGGCGCUCCGGGGACGAUCUGAACGACGACCGGAGCGGAUCGAUCAGGUGGGUGUUCUCGCUGAGGGAGCUCCGGUCCGCAACAAACAGCUUCAAUUACGACAACAAGAUCGGAGAAGGCUCGCUUGGAAGUGUCUACUGGGGACAAGUUUGGGAUGGCUCUCAGAUUGCUGUUAAGAAGUUAAAGAAUGCGAGAAAUGGGACAGAAACGGAAUUUGCUUCGGAAGUCGAGACUUUGGGAAGAGUAAGACACAAAAACCUACUCAGUAUACGUGGAUACUGUGCUGAUGGGCCUGAACGCAUUCUGGUGUAUGACUAUAUGACGAACGCAAGUCUUCAUGCACAUCUCCAUGGAACCCAUUCUUCGGAGUGCCUUCUUGACUGGCGGCGAAGAACAUUUAUUGCCAUCGGUGCUGCCCGGGCUAUCUCGUAUCUUCACCACCACGAGACACUUGCGAUAAUCCAUGGAAGCAUCAAGUCGACCAAUGUGCUACUAGAUUCAGAUUUCCAGGCACACGUUGGUGACUUUGGUCUUACGAGGCUCAUUUCGGAUGAGAUGGAUCAUGACAAGAUAACCAGUGAAAACCAACGAGGCUAUCAUGCUCCUGAGUUCGUAAUGUUUGGCAAACCUACAACAGGUUGUGAUGUCUACAGCUUUGGCAUAAUACUUUUGGAGCUGGCUAGUGGGAGAAAGCCAGUCUCUCAAAAAAUGUAUGGGAUCCGAAACUGGAUACUCCCGUUGGCGAAAGAGGGUAGAUACGAUGAAAUUGCGGACUCAAAACUCAACGACAAGUACUCUGAAUCUGAAUUAAAAAGAGCAGUGCUGAUUGGACUAGCGUGCACGCAUAGAGAACCCGAGAAGAGACCGACGAUGCUUCAAGUCGUGUCCUUGCUGAAAGGUGAAUCAAAAGAGAUGCUUUCAAGGCUUGAGAACGAAGACUUGUUUAGGCCAGACUCGACGGCUAGUUCUGUUGGAAUGUCGACUCCAGAAGGGAGCACAGACCGUAUUCUGAAGAGUGAUCAAGGGCUGGCUGAGGCAUGAUGAAUUCUUGCCCUAGCCCCUAGGUAUUGGUAGAGUGCAUAUUCUGAUGGAAUUGGAGCUUGGUCUGCGUGGUUUGGCUUGAAUGAAGUGUACAUGAUUUGUUUGUUACUUAUAAUGUUCUCCCCCCUUUUUUUGAGAGAGGUGGAGAUGUAGAGAAGUGAGAUGGCUUUAUAGAAAAUGGUUUUUGUGUGCACUGGAUAGAGGGCCCAAAUACUCCCAGAUGUUUGGGCAUGUUUGACCCUGUAGUCAACUUCAUUGAUUUCUCUAAACAUUUUUUUUUCCUUCUUCCGCAUUGAUCUGUAUGGAGAUGUCUAGAACUCUAUGACCAUAUUUUCUCCCCAUGUAAGGUAGUUUUACUUUUUCUGAACAAUGUAGAGUCAGUCUUGCGACAGUAGACCA